CGAAGACAAUUCCUACUUGACAGCUACCACUCAAAACUACAAGAAAAAUAUUCAAAACUUUUAUCCCAUUGCCGUAAUAAUCUAAUUAUCGACCCUAUUCUUACGAUACCAAUGACAAGAAGUGAACGGUUUUGUUGCGUGCGAUGGCGACUUGGCUGGUUACAUCAUGGUAAACCCGAAGCCUGCCCAUUCCAUCCAAAUGAACUCUUCACACGCUCACAUAGUUUUUCUUGUUUGCAUAUGCAUAACCGCCUUCAGAUGCCCCAAAUCUAUUGA